UCGGCGACAGCAAAAGAAUCAACAUUCCAGAGGAGGAAGCACAGAUCCUGCAGGCGAGUGGGGAGGGCGCCGCAUGAUCUCUGAAACCAAACAUUUCCGAAGUAUAAGCGGUCACCAUAAAGUUCAGGAGAGAUGUCGGGCGUCGUCCAACCUUUAAAACCGGUAUAUGCAGGGAAAUUCACCGACACUGAUCCAGCGCUGGACACAGCGGGCAAAUUGGUUCCUAUUACUGGGAGAGUUGCGGACUGUCUGACAGAAGUCCAGCCCAGGCCUGUUACCCCUCCUGUGGUAAAGAAGUUUUUGAAUACUAGCAGUCCCAAACCUGGUAAAGCCACAAUUUUCUAUGGCAAGGCAGCUGAUCCUGACAUUGCCACACAAAUGGAACAUGGGCUCCCAAGCAAAAUCUCUACAUCUGCUGCAUCAUUGUUAAAUCCACCACUGAGGACUCGAGUUCAGCAAAUAUUUUUCGACAAAAUUACUGCAGCAUAUCCAAGUAAUCAGCGGGGUCCACUGGGAAAAUCGCAUGAUCAAUCAAAAGGUUUACCGAAAGGGAUGGAUAUAUAUAAUACCACGUUUGGCAGAAAAGGAGUUAAGGACAUCACUGCUGGACAGCUUAUAAAUCCACCAAAGACUCGACGACAAAUUUAUGAAGAAUCACAGGCAGGACAUUCUCUUUAUGUCACGUCACACAACGCUUACAAUGUUGGGGAACAAAGGGACAGAAAAUAUGAUUGGUCAAGACACAGCAAAUACAGUGUAUUUGGAGUAGAGACUCCUCACUUUAGUGAUGGAAGAUUAACAGCAAAAUCGUUACACUGGUCACCUGAUGUACAACAACGAAAUUCUGCAAAGAUCAUAUCAAAAAAGGUUGAUGACUUUAGAGAAAAAACGCAACAUCAAGUUGGAAAAGUCUUUGAUCCAAAUGCAGAUACUAGGAAAAUUCCUGCUGAUCACACAUUUGGUGUUCUACUACAUCCUGAUAAGUAUGGUGUUGGGGACCUUAUUUACUACAGAACUCCUACCACUUUCCUCCGAGGGAGUGAUAGGGACCAAGGUAUCUUCAAUACUCUCCGCCACCAUUUGAUGAAAGCUAACUACCAUAAUUUCAAAUCACUUCUCGAAGCUUUCCGACAUUAUGACAAGAACGGUGAUGGAAAAAUUGACCGAGAAGAACUACGAGAUGUCUGCAUACAGUUUAACUUGAAUUUAGACCCCAAACUGAUUGACCAAUUAAUUGAAUAUUGUGAUACUGAAGGCAAAGGAACAAUUAACUUCUUGGAAUUUGCAAAUUUUCUGAAUUGGAAAGAUAAAAUGCCUUUGGGAGAAAUUGAGCAAAAGAUUAUUACAAAAGGAAACUUGCCAACUGAAGAUGGCAAUGCGCUGGUUGCAUCUGAAGAUAUUGUACCUCUAGAUAUUGGAAGCUCGGCCAAGACACUCAGAACUAUAACUCGAAAAGAAGAUAGGUCUAAUGGACAUUAUUGGAAAACUUCUUCAUUGAUCAAUGGAGUUGUAGGGAGUUAUUCACCAUCUGAUUAUCGAACCUGCGGUGUACCUACGAUACGUACUGAUUUGGCAGCACCUCGCUUUCGUCGUGUCAGUGAUACAAUUAACUAUGGUGAUGAAGCAAAUGCUUCUGCCUUGCUAAAUCCUUCAGUGUUUGCCCAGAGAGAAGUUUACGAGAAGGAUAUGUUCAUGGAUAGGUCCAAGGAAGAGAUUAAGAGACUAUUUUGUAAGGUUGGAGUGAACAUGUCAAAUGAAACGUUUGAAGAGGUUUGGAAGCGUGCUGCCAUGAAACAUCCAAAAGGAGAAGUUAGUGUGGAGACUUUCCGGAAUGUUCUGGAUGAGAUUCAGAUAGCAAAAACUCUAACUUGUUGACCAAUUAUAAUUUUUUUUCACAGAAUUUCAAACUUUUUAAAAUUAAAUUCUUGGUAUUUUGGAAUUGUGCACACAAGUCCGUAAAUCAGAAGAGCUGGUUUAAAGUUGUCAUUAUACCUUUAAACCUGUGAGUGAAGUGUAAUUUUUAUCAUCAGCUUUUUUUUGGUCAUCAUAUUUGUCGGACAAAAAUAAAAUACCGAUCAUUCGAAUAAAUAUAUAACAUCUUAGUAUUUGAAACGUGACUUUCAGUGUACUAUUUUUACUGUAGUUAGGCAAUGUGAAUGUGACAAAUUUUAUGCAGCUGGUUUAAGGAUCAUGCAAAAAAUUAAUGCUUUAUAUUCAAUUUUGUUUCAAGUGUGAAAAAUGAUUAUGGGAAUUGUUUUAAUAUUUGA